AUGACUGAGGUCCAAAAGGUAUUAAAGCUUUUAGAUGAUGCAAAGGAUAUUUGUGAAACCCUUUUACAGACUUCAAAGGAAGAUAUAGAACUGAAAUUAGAAGAUUUUCAACGCUUAGAGAGUAUAAUGGGUAUUUUAAUAACAAAAGUAGCGAAAUAUAGGAUAUUUCUAAAGGAAACAGAUCCAGAAAAGCAAAUAUAUGGUCCCAAAAUGCGUGAAAAACUAAAAAAUCUUUGUGAAAAGUAUGAAAUUUUAGAUACAAUUUAUGAGGAGGAACUUAAGUUUGUUUUUCAGCAUGUAAAGGAUAGAUACGAACUAGAAUUGAAGAGAAAGAUUGAGUUUGCAAAGUUACAAGAAGAGAUGGAAUUAGAAAGGAAAAUCCAAGAAGGACGUUUAGAGACUUUACAGGAAGAACAACAAAGGCAAAAAAUUUUAAAAGAGAAGAAUGAAGCUAUUGCAAAGAAAGAGCAUGAAUUAAAAUUGAAGUUAGAUAGAGAUAGAAAUGAAAAAGAAACUUUGAUGAAUAAAAUAAUUGAAGCUUACAGACUGCAGGAAAAUACAUAUAAUUUUAAUAAAAAUAGUAUUGAUAAAUUCAUGGCUAUUUUCGAUGGAUUUGAGCAAAUGGCCUCAAAUACAUCUCUAGGUGAUUUUAAAUUUUGUAUUAAUAAUAUUAAAACUUUGUUUUUAACGAUUUCAGGUGAUCCAUCAGCUUUAAAAUAUCGAUUUAUCAGAUUACAAAAUAACUCAUUUUUAGAUUCAUUUGGUAGUCGUCCUGGAGCAAUUUCUAUUUUAUGGGGUAGUGGGUUUAGACUUAUAUCAGACAAAGAAUCUUAUGAGUAUUGGGGGAAGUUAAAGUCUGAAAUAUCAUCACUGGGAGACUUACCCGAAUAUUCACUUUGCUUGUAUAUGGAUGAACCUGAUCCUAUUCAAAAUUACAAUGCCUGGAUUUCAUGGAUUGAUUGGCUUUCAAGCCUAGUAAGAAUAAUCAGUGAUAUUAGCAAACUAAUUACUAAUAUUAGCUCUAAAGAAAAUUUAAUAGAACUAUUGCGAGAAAAAAGGAUCUGUUUAUGUAAAUAA